UUGUUGACCUUCAGUAAUCUUAUAUGUCUUUAUUUAUUUAUGAAAACAUGAGAUAACCGCUUAAAAAUUUAGUUGAGUUACAUACAGCUGACGAACAAGUGUUUUAGGUUGUAAUAAUGUUUUGGGUUUUGUUUUUCGUGGCUGCUGUGUUAUUCUUUUAUUAUGUUCUUAUUAAACCUCAACUAUACUGGAAGGAAAGAAAUGUCCCUCAAGGACCACCGUAUCCUAUACUGGGUGACCGCUUUAGAUCGUUUUUGAGGCUGGAAACUACAACUGAAAUGAUUCAAAAUGCUUACAAUCGUCACCAACAUAGCCGAUAUGUUGGAACGUAUCAAGGAACUCUGCCAGCGUUAAUGUUGCGGGAUCCAGAAUUAAUCAAACAAAUUACCGUCAAAGAUUUUGACCAUUUUGUUAAUCAUCGACCGUUCGUCUCUGCGAAACAGGAGCCAUUAUGGAACCGAAAUUUACUUUCGCUGAAAAACGAAGAAUGGAAGACAAUGCGCGCAACUUUAAGCCCGACUUUUACUUCCAUCAAAAUGCGGGCGAUGUUUUCUCUGAUGCAACAAACUGCACAACAAUUUGUUGAUUUUUACCUUAAACAAAACAAAGAUAUUCUGGAAUUGGAGCUAAAAGAUUCAUUUACUCGUUUUGCUAGUGAUGUUAUCGGUAAUUGCGCGUUUGGUGUGACGGUAGAUUCACUGAAAGAACCAGAGAAUGAGUUUUAUAUGAAGGGGAAAGAUGUUACUAAUUUUGCAGGUUUCCGGAGAAUUUUAACGUUUACCUUAAGUUUGAUUGCGCCACGGGUUGCAUAUUUUUUGGGAUUACGUGUGUUUAGUGAAUCUUCCACUGCUUUUUUCAAAACGUUGGUUAAAGAUACUGUGAAGGUGCGUGAGGAACAGAAAAUUCAACGUCCUGACAUGAUCCACCUCUUGAUGGAAGCUCGUAAAGGUCAAUUGAAAUAUGAAGAGUCCAACGAACAAAAUGAAACAGGAUUCUCAACCGUAGAAGAAUCUGAAAUCGGUAAAAAUACUAAUCGACCAAAGAUUGUAAUGAAUGAUGACGACAUGGCCGCGCAAGUAUUUAUCUUUUUCUUUGGUGGUUUUGAUACUAUUUCCACCAUGAUGUCAUUUAUGUGCUAUGAGUUGGCUGUCAAUCCUGAUAUUCAAAAGAAGCUUAUUCAGGAAAUUGACGUCACUUCGAAACAAAACAACGGAAAACUUACUUACGAUGUUUUGAACAAAAUGAAGUAUAUGGAUAUGGUAGUAACUGAGAAUUUAAGAAAGAAUCCGCCAUUUUCUUUGACAAAUCGAGAAUGUACCAGACCGUAUAUUAUUCAACCGGAAAGACCUGGCGAGGUUCCUGUUCAUCUAGAAGAAGGCGCUUUACUGCUGUUGCCUCUUGCAGGAAUUCAACACGAUGAGAAUUACUUUCCGAAUCCGAGUAGAUUUGAUCCUGAACGCUUCUCGGAUGAGAAUAAAGAUAAAAUUGUGCCAUAUUCUUACAUUCCAUUUGGGGCCGGACCAAGAAAUUGCAUUGCAUCUAGAUUUGCGUUGAUGGAAUGCAAAACGUUAAUGUUCUACAUCUUGAGUAAUUUUGAAGUUGUUGUUAUUAGCAAAACAACAAUUCCGAUGAAGUUGGCCAAAGGUCAGAUUACUCCGGCACUUGAGGGUGGAUUUUGGCUUGGUCUUCAACGACGUAAAAAUGUUACUACUUUUUAAUUAAAUAACUACAAAAAUAACAA